AUGGAACACAUCCUAACCGAAUGCAAAGCAUCAGGACAAGAGACAAUCUGGAAAACCGCCGAAGAGACCUGGAGACACACCGAGAAACCAUGGCCAUUCAUCUCAAUUGGACUACUGCUAGGCAUAAGCCUAGUAGAAAUCAAAAACCCAAACGGAAAGACGAACAAGGGACUUACCGGACUGUUCCGAAUCAUAGUAUCCGAAUCGACAUACCUGAUAUGGCUAACCAGAUGUGAAUGGAGAAUCGGGAGAGAAGGCGACGCAGCCAAACUCCACCCAAAGAAAGAGAUAGAAAACAAAUGGAGAUACGCCAUAAACAACAGGAUUAGACAAGACUGGGCCCAGGCGAACAAGUACCUGUUCCACAAAAAGGCGAUAAGCCAUGACCUGGUAAAACGUACCUGGGAAAAGGUUGCAGAACAUCCAGAAAACCCAGAAGAUGACAGGGACCCGGCAAAAUGGACCAAAAACAUGGGCCCUGGGGGUUUUAGUGGGUAUCAACAAUAG